CGGAAGGUAAUCUCCAUUUUUUACCGGUGUAUGGGACUGGGUCAAUGAGAAAUUCGAUCAUCACUUAUAUUUCAGAUGAACAAUCUGUUUUCCUGAUAUUUAAGUACACGCCUAAGUUAUAAUUCUUUGUAGCCAUGUAAAGUUUGUAAUUUUACGAAAUACUUUUUUUUUGUGAUCGUGACAUUUCUAUUGAUUUCCGAUGCAUAAUUUAGAAUCACACGUGACAAGAUCGAGUGACAAGGUGUAUAAACAACAUGAGGUCUGAUAACGAAUGAAAUGAUUAGGAAUGCCUACCAGAAAGAAAUCAAGGAUUGGCAGAAGGUUUAAGAACAGAUGUAGGAGAUGGAUUGUCAUGGAAACGGAUAAUCAAGAACCAUCAAAUCAAGAUGAAACAGAAGUUCUUGUCGAAUCCGCGGAUCCGACGCCUUUGAUGAUUUCGACUAUUACAUCUGAAGCAGUUGGAGAAUCCGAGGUGGUUGCAGAGUCGCCCGAAUUGCCCGAUGACGAUGAACAUGUAGAGAUUAACGAGACGAUGGAAGUCCCACAGUGUCCGAAUCCUUUACAGUGCCGAUAUUGUGGGAAAGUUUUUACCCGCUCUUUCUACCGCAAAGAACAUGAACGCAUACACACGGGUGAAAAACCAUUCUCUUGUAGCUUUUGCGCAAAGCGAUUUAACAGCCAAGGUAGCUGUCGUAAGCACGAAAGAACCCACAUGCGCAGCAAGAGUCGAACACACGAAUGUGAACAUUGUGGCAAAAACUUCAAGGACAUGACGACCUUGCGAACUCAUCUAAGAACUCAUACUGGUGAUAAACCUUACUCGUGUGACGUAUGUGGGCGAUCAUUUAGUUUCGAAACCGUUCUGAAAAAGCACAUGAUGUUCCACAAUGGUCAGAAACAAUUCCAAUGUAUGGUUUGUAGCAAAUCGUACUUUACCGCAUACGAUCUACGCGUGCACGUGCGCUCACACACUGGGGAAAAGCCAUACAAAUGUCGUUUUUGUAGCCAAUCAUUUGCGACUGGAAGGAGGAGAAAUCUGCAUGAAAAGUGCCACGAGAAGACAGGAGCGCAUCAUUGCAAACAAUGCGGAAUGAUUUUUAGAUCAGUAGAAUCUCUUGCACUACAUCAAGUAAAAAGUCAACUAGCCGGUGGUUGUAGUUAUAUAAACAAUACUCACCAAAACAAUACUAAUGAAGGUGCAACCCCAGAACCAAAUCAUUACGACAAACCUAAUGAACAAAAUGAGGAAUACAACCAUUACAACGGUUUAAACGAAAACGAAGAGUUUGAUAUUGAAUUUCUGGGUCAAACAAUACAUGACAGCAACCCAUUCGGCAGUCCGAAUACCUCCCAAACAUACGAGGUACACAAAACUAAUAUUUAUCCAACUGGACUGCUGAAAUCUAACGAAAGAUGUAUAAAAAAGGAACCUAUUUCAGACCACGAAGUUUACAAUAAUGAGGAGUAUUACGAAAGUAUGUCUGCUCGAAGAUCUAUUCACCCAAUCGCUACUGUAGACCAAUCAAUUGCUUCAUCUCAAAUGAUACACUCGCCUGUUCAGUCCAGAAACUUUUUUGAUAGACCAGUACCUGAGCCACAACAACUUUCUGUUAUUUCAACAGACGAAAAGUCCGUUCAGACAAUUAUGUUGUCGGAUACAGAUAAACUAUUUUGCGACAUGGAGACGGCGGGAAAGGUCCAUGAAUGUAAGCACUGUAGGAUUAUUUUCCGAGAAUAUAGCAUGUAUUUGGUUCAUAAAACACUGCAUAUUAAUCCAGUGAAACCAUUUGUUUGCCAUUUGUGUGGCAAUGAGGCAGAAAAUGGCGUUGAUUUUAAUGCCCAUCUCAUAUGGCACAUGAAAUGAUUAAAUAGAGCGAGACAUAAUUAGUCCAGUUAAUUGGAAUUUCGUUAUCUGAAAAUGGCAGCAAACCUGGUGCUUACUUAGAGAACAUAAAUCUACGCAUGAAAUAUUGAAACAAUCAUGACCAUUUCCUGAAGUAAAAUCUACAAUAAAACAUUUUUCUUU